AUGGCCCAAUACCAACCGGCAGUGCCUCAACGCUUAUCUAGUAUCUCACCUUCUCCAACCGCAAAAAUAUCCCGCCAAUCCAACAUUCCUCCUCCGUCCGGCCUUGAUGGGCUCAUUUCGCAACAUCCACCGGAGCGCCGCAGAUACACAGCAAAUAACAAUAUCAUCGUCGAUCAUGACUUUCUGACUAAAUUCGGCAGGACAGUGCGGACAGCAAGACAGAUUGAAAUACCGCCUCCUCCCUCAGCGACCAACAGAGGUGGAAGAACGGGAGGAGCAAUCAAUGGAAAUCUAAACAUUGGGAUUGCAGAGACUGGCUCCACCUCGCAGAGACAAUUGCGUCCAAGGGCCUCAUCACCUAUAUUGGGCCAGCAAUAUCAAUCUCACCCUCACGAGCCGCUCCCGUCCUUUCACGCAAACACUCGCCCUACCCUGCGCCAGCCCGACCCUUCAACCAUCCGCUCAUCUCGUGAUCCUUUGAAACCUCUUACAGUUGUUCCACAGCACGCGCAGGUGCAGGCGCAGACCCAAACGCCGACACAUACCCUCAAGAACACACAGAAACAAACAGCGGAACCAUUUUCGUCCAGGGAUUUGGCGCUUCGAAGCAAGACCUAUUCUUCCAAUUCGCCGACUGAGUCUACUUUGGCAAACUCCUCUGAUCACUUGCAGGGAUACUUGCAAGACCAGCAGGAGGAGGAGGAGGAGUCGGCUUCAUUGCCACUGUCAAAACCCAAGCCUCGCCCUCCUAUGAUUGAUCUGUCGAAGCUUUUUCCUAAACCUAGCGAUCCUUCCGUCCACCGUGACGUGCCGCUAUUAUCCCCCAAUCGGAUGACAAUGUCACCAUCACCCGUUUCUCUAUUUUCAGAUGCCUCAUCGUUCGGUGCCCAGCAGCGGAAACUUGGCAGCAUACAUCAAACAGUGAAUAAGUUGACUAAGUCACCCAGUAGCAAAAAAUUGUCGACUCUUCGCAAGCAGUAUGAACAUCAGCUACGUCAACAGGGACGCCAAAAUUCUGCGCCGUCACCAGAUUUCCCAGCAGAGCAUCAGUCCCACAGUUUAUAUGAAGGGCAACAACAGCUACAGCCAUCAGAACCUCCGACCCCGCGCAUCUCUCAUAUUCCGUCCCAGCAACCCGCCGUGAAAAAGGAGAAAGAACACUUUUUCCAACUUGGGAGACGAGAGAGGAAACGGCGCGAGGAGGAGCAACAGAGGCAGAUUCAACAGGAAGAAGAGCAACUUCGCCAACGCCAGAAACAGGAGCGAAAGGAACGAGAACGCAAGCAACGGGAACAGCUUGAACUAGAACAGCAGCAGAAGAAGCAGGAACAGGUGCAACAAGAAAAGGAGCAGUAUUUUCAACGCCAGAACCGUGAAAAACAACGCCGGGAGGAACAAAAGAAGAGAAAGGAGGAGCCAGACCAAUAUCAACAGCGCAAGACGGAAGCGCAAAACCAACGGGAGGAGGCGCAACGGCAGGUACAGCAGCAACUGCAAUUAAAACAACAGCGGCAAGAGGAGUUACAGUCGCAACAUUACCAAUUCCCAUUCCACGAGAAGCGCACAAACCAACAAAGGAAACCCGCUGUCGAGUGGUUCGAUGGGCCAGAGGGUCAGGUUAGUAGUAGUGAUGACGACAAUGCUGAAGGCGACGAGCGCAUCGACUAUAGCGUCCAGGAUUUUCAUUCUGUACCGCAGUCCACGUAUCGGGAGUCUGCCUAUUCCCGUGGCAGCAGUAAUCGGGUUAGCAUGCAUUCAAAUGGCAUGAGUGGGACUUCAAGAGCCUCAAGCCGAACGCUGAUACUGUCUCCGGCGCCCGAACAAGCGAAGAAAGCCACACCCGAACUCCGUAACACUAGCCCCUUGUUCACUCCUGGAGCCAGCCGAUUCAACUCCUUUUUUAAUGACUGGGACCUUAGCAGCACCAGCGCCACUCCACCUAGUGUAGGAUCACCGACUACCGCCCUCGGUAGAUUGUCCAGGAAGAGCAGCAAGCUCACUUUAAACAAAUCAGACCUUAACGAGUCUAGUGUGCUUUGUCUUUCGUCCUCAGAAGAUGAAGCUGACGAGGAAGAAGUAGAGGCACAUAAGCCGUUCCAGCGGCACGUUAUUCGUGAUAGCAUUGGCACGAUCGACGAAGGCGCGUCCGAAAUUUUCAUCGCAAAAGCCGUCUCCGCCCCUCGCAGUUCCUCCGUGCCCAGAGUCCGAAACACAAGCCUUCCCCCUCCGCGAAUUUCGCGUGACCGCUCAUCUUCCUCGAACGUCAGAUACCCUAGUUACCGCCCUUCGAAUGGAAUCCACACCAUCUCGGAGCCAGACAGCGCGCCUGCGCCCCGCCCCUUCACAUCCGCCUCGACCACAGCCAACCUCAACUCUUCGCCAUUCGAUUUUCAAUUACCAGUCUCUCGCCCCCCGAAUAGUAUAAAAUCCAUCAACCGUCGCAGUCGUGUCAUUGCUGUGACUAGACAAGAAGAACAACUCCUUGAAGUCAUAAGACAGCGCGGCGGGAACAUGCCUCCUAAUUUCCCACUCGUUGACCUGCCCAACACCGCAGCUUCUAUCGCACACACAAUGCCAAAACACACAACCUCGACUACAUCCUCAAGCUCGAACACCACCACCAUCACCACCACCACUCACGCAUUCCGAAAAUCCCCAUCUCCAUCUACCAACCGCCCUCCCUCCAGCCAAUAUGAGGGCGAGAGCAUUGGUGACACAUCAUUCCUAGCAUUAAGCCCGGACUUCGCGCCUCCCCACGCCAAACACCCAGACGGCACGUCCUCCGCCGGCAGCGACAGCUCCCGCUCCCACCAUGCCCUGUCGGUCUCGGACAGCGGUGGUGACCAUCACUCCGACCCCUCACCGCGCGUUAGCUUCGUCCACUCAGACACGUUUCCCUCCCCCUCAACUAGCUGGGUUGCACCAAGCUCACCAACACAGAGACAGUAUAGCCACCAGCAGCAACAACAACGACAAGAUCAACAUCCCCAAGAAAUUGCUAAUCCCAAUGGUGGCAACCGCAGCAGCAGCAGGGGAAAUCCACUUCACCCGCAUCAUCCCAUGCUGGUGCAUCCACAACCUCUAUCCUCAUACCCGCCAACAUCAUCGCCAUUAGCAUUGUCAUUGUCGUCACCACCAUCACCGUUUUCUUCACUCCAUUCACCCUCACCGCCAUCACCACUGUUAUCCGCUCCUCCACCAUUCCCAUCCAUCACCGCCGAUACCGCCGAGGCCAAGGCCACUCUGGCGAUCGACGUGGUGCUCCCGGUCGAGGAGACUAAGCGGCAUUCGCGAACAAGGACGGACAGUAGUAGCGCGAUGGUGUUUGGGGAUGGGGAAGAGGGUGACAAGAGCGCCAGUCCCGUGGUGAAUGACACCGAAUUGCCUAUCUGGGCGCUGGGGUGGAAUGCGGAGACGCCUGGGUUGGCGGUUGUGCAUUGA